AUGGCAUUUGAUGGCACCUGGAAGGUGGAGAAGAGUGAAAAUUAUGAUAAGUUCAUGGAAGUGAUGGGUAUUAAUAUUGUGAAGAGAAAACUAGGAGCCCAUGACAACUUGAAGAUCACAAUCCAGCAAGAGGGAAACAAGUUCACAGUCAAAGAAUCCAGCACCUUCCGCAACAUAGAUAUAGUGUUCAAUCUGGGAGAGAAUUUUGACUACAGUUUGGCAGAUGGAACUGAACUCCAUGGUCAAUGGAACAUGGAGGGAAAUAAACUGGUAGGCGCAUUCACCCGGAAGGAUAAUGGGAAGGUACUCAAGGCAGUGAGAGAAAUCACUGGAGAUGAAAUGGUCCAAACUUACACCUACGAAGGGGUGGAAGCAAAAAGAUUUUUCAAGAAAGCAUGA